CGGACCGGCGGCCGCGGCGCGAGCUGGUGAGAGGGGGCGAAGGUCCGAGGUAGGGAAGGGGGCGACCGCGGGAUGGGGGCUCCUGCAGCCCCGCAGGGCGUCGCCCGCGUCCGGCCCUCCGCGGCCCGCUGGACUGGAUCAGGUGAUGAGGUGGAGAGCCGAGGCGAGAUUUAAAGAAAGCCCCUUUUGCUGAAGGAACACAUUUGCUGGUAUAGUUUCAUAAUGUCAAGUACUUUGCCCUUCUGGAUCUUAAAAAAUUCUGCAAGGAACAGCAUUGCCACGUUACAGGGGGGCAGACGCUUAUAUUCAAGGUGUGCCUCAAAUAGAAAUGAAUCAAGAUUGAGACUCUUUUCCCAGGUAUAGGCACCAGUAAAAAGCAUUGGCCCUUGCAGUGGCUCUGCUCUGCAGAAAGCCUACAGACACACUUCAACAGAGGAAGAUGAUUUUCACUUGCAGCUCAGCCCUGAGCAGGUAAAUGAAGUGCUGCGAGCAGGAGAGUCAGCCCACAAGAUUCUUGACCUUGUCAGUGGAGUCCCAAAUUCAGUGUUACGGUUUGAGAGCAACCAGCUGGCUGCCAAUUCCCCAGUGGAAGACCGGCGAGGCAUCGCCUCUUGCCUGCAGACCAAUGGGUUGAUGUUUGGCAUCUUUGAUGGUCACGGUGGCCACGCGUGUGCUCAAGCAGUGAGUGAGAGGCUCUUCUACUACAUGGCAGUGUCACUGAUGUCCCAGCAGACCCUGGAGCAGAUGGAGGGAGCCAUGGAAAGCAUGAAGCCCCUGCUGCCCAUCCUGCAUUGGCUCAAGCACCCAGGGGACAGCAUCUACAAGGAUGUCACAUCAGUGCAUCUUGAUCACCUCCGAGUCUACUGGCAAGAGCUGCUUGACUUGCACAUGGAAAUGGGACUCAACAUUAAGGAAGCAUUAAUGUACUCCUUCCAGAGACUGGAUUCUGACAUCUCGCUGGAAGUCCAGGCCCCCCUGGAAGAUGAGAUGACAAGGAACCUUUCACUCCAGGUCGCCUUCUCUGGGGCAACAGCUUGCGUGGCCCAUGUUGAUGGAGUUCACUUGCACGUGGCAAACGCCGGUGACUGUCGGGCUGUCCUUGGGGUCCAGGAGGACAAUGGCAUGUGGUCUUGUCUGCCCCUCACCUGUGACCACAAUGCCUGGAAUCCAGCUGAGCUGUCACGGCUGAAGGGAGAGCACCCUGAAUCAGAGGACAGGACAGUCAUAAUGGACAACAGGCUGCUGGGCGUCCUCAUGCCCUGCAGGGCCUUUGGGGAUGUCCAGCUGAAGUGGAGUAAAGAGCUGCAGCGCAGUGUCCUGGAGAGGGGCUUUGACACUGAGGCCCUCAACAUUUACCAGUUCACCCCUCCACACUACUAUACCCCACCCUACCUGACCGCUGAGCCUGAGGUCACCUACCACCAGCUGCGCCCUCAGGAUAAGUUCCUUGUGCUGGCCUCAGAUGGCCUGUGGGACGUCCUGGGCAAUGAGGAAGUAGUGAGGCUGGUGGUGGAUCACCUGGCUGAAGCAGGUCGGCACAAGCCAGACCUGGCCCAGAGACCUGCCAACCUGGGCCUUAUGCAGAGCCUGCUGCUGCAAAGGAAAGCCCAGGGGCUCUGUGCAGCUGACCAGAACGCAGCCACACGUCUGAUCAGACAUGCCAUAGGGAGCAAUGAGUAUGGGGAGAUGGAGCCGGAGCGGCUGACAGCGAUGUUGACACUGCCAGAGGACCUGGCAAGGAUGUACAGGGAUGACAUCACUGUCACUGUGGUGUAUUUUAACUCAGACUCAAUUGAUGCCUAUUACAAGGGGGGUUAAGAGUCUCCUGUAUGCCCAAGAUUAACUUAAAUGCUUUUCUAAGAUAUUUCCACUUACUCUUAAACUGGCUCUUUAGUCCUUACUGGUAAAAAGGCAGGCAGAUGUAGCUUGCUUAAUAACAAACUGACAUGAGAAAAAAAACCAGCCUUGGUUUAAAAGCAGUAAUAAUGUUUUCAUGUCCUCGUAUGUGUUGAUCACCUCUUCUGCAUAAGGACAUUGUUGGUAAGCCUCCGAUGGGUAAAUUUAAUCAUUGUUCUAAGAAUAUGAAGAACUUUAGGAUUUUCUGAGGUUGUGCCACAUGAUCUGCAAACCUGGCAAUUUCCUUAAUUCACAGUCAUGGACGUCUAGACUAUGAAGGGAAGUUUUGUUUAUUUUUUAAGUUACUAAGACAUAGGUUUACAAAGCAUAUUCUAGAAUACUUUUCUAUGCAAUAUUCUAACUCUUGUGUGUGAUUAUACUUGUGCAAAUAUUUUGUGAUGCUGCAUCCUAGUUGUGUUUUAGUUUGUUCUAAAAUUGAGUUCUCAGACUUGCAAACGGGCCUGCUAUAAGCAUGCUUGGAAUGACUUGUCUUGAUUUUCAGCUGAGGGGAGGUGGCUGGGAAGGGGGGCAGCUAGGCCUCUGGACCAGCUGAAUUCACUUGUGCGGCUUGUGAUCCCUUCCACUGUGUCCCACCCCUUGAACCUUGAGCCAUGUUGGGAGGGAACUUCAGUCUGCGCCUUAACUCCUGGCCUUCCCUGCAUUAAUGAAAUACCCUCUGGGGCCUAGCCUCUGGGUGGGAGGUUAUUUAGAGCUCUUAGGUUUUCUGAUUAUACCCCUCAAUGUUCUGUGAAUUCCACUUUAUCCUCCUACCUCUGCUGCUGCUGACUGUGCAGUGCUGUCCUGGAGGAAGUCUCCCUCUUCAGAUGGCGGCAGGGAAGGAGUAAUCCAUCAUGUAGUAUGUAGUUGUGACUGAUGUGUGGGCAGGACUGGCUGAUGUGGUGGGUUGUGGACGUAAGAUUCAGCCCGAGUCUGGACAGGUGAAAAUAUGAAGGACUUCAGAAGUCACUAACCAGGGCUGCCCGUGUGCAUCCUGAGAGGCAGUGACAAAGAGGGCUGAGUGAGAUUUGUCAGGUGGGACACUUGCUUUGAGACUGUGACCUGAACCACCACGGCUGCUCCUCGGGGACCAGACCAUAUUUAGUAUAGGAGUCAGGGCAAAAAUAAAAAUGUGACCCGUAAUAGCUUCUGUGGGCAGCACAUCUUUGAGUUUAUUUCAAAUUAAACCACGUGCACCCUUACUCAGGGAAUGAAUUUCAUGUUCUCGUGAAUUGUGAUGGCAUUUAAACAACAGGAAAUGUGUCCCUAAAUGGAAACACAAAUACAGUCCCACAAAACUGACAUUUCUGUCUUCUGCACUAUGUUAGUUGAUCCUUCUCCUCAUCUCACCACCGUGUGCCAUCCACGGGAAGAAAAGGAAGUUUGACUUUUCAUGUCUUGGUGACAUUCGUUCCCGUGUUGGGGUACUUCUAGCCUGGGGACAUUCCCCUGUCUCUUUUCCGGUGUAACUGUUUAGUGAGAGGGGCCUCAUCUCUACUCUGAGCACUUCAGCCUUGGUCUUUUUAUUCUGAAACCAUUAGUGUUCCUUUUGAUCUAGAUCUUAACUGAGAAAUAAAACGUGAAUCAUUACUAUUGUGCUUGCAUGGAAGUUGGUUGCUAGCGCUGAAGACUGCUUGUCUGACAUUCUUUGUUCUUGAUGCCAGCUAAACUCUGGUGCACCCUCGGAGCAUUUACCAGGAUUACAGUGUCUGAAUCCUGUUGGGGAGCCUCGCAUAGGUCAUAAAAUGCAUCUGAUUCAGUAACUCAUGGGACAGCUGAAAGAAUACAGACUUCCCGCCUGCUUCUUCAAGCAUAUCUGUGUUUUUUCUCUCCCCAAUAUUUUUCCUGCUAUCUAAUUGGUAUAUCAAGAUGAAAGAAGGUUCGGGGCAGCCCUGGUGGCUCAGCGGUUUAGUGCCGCCUUUGGCCCAGGGCCUGAUCCUGGAGACCUGGGAUCAAGUCCCACAUCAGGCUCCCUGCAUGGAGCCUGCUUCUCCCUCUGCCUGUGUCUCUGCCUCUCUCCCGCUGUCUCUCAUGAAUAAAUAAAUAAAAUAUUAAAAAAAAAACUUUAAAAAAAAGAAAGAAGGUUCGGUUUAUUGUCUGCCUUUUUCCACUGUGAAGUCUCAGCUCUUUCCCUGAAUGCUCCAAGAAGUCUCCUAGUUAAGACCCAGCAUGUCUGACUCCUUGACCCCAUCUCUGGUGUCAUUGGCCUUUCUGAGACACAUUGGCUAGUGUGUGAGGACGCUGGAAUUUGAGAGGGGUUGGUAGGAUUUGUCAGUCUUCUAAAGCAUCUAUCAUUUCUUUUAUGUAAAGCUUUCAAUAUUGAGGGACGCCUGGGUGGCCCAGUGGUUGAGCAUCUGCCUUCAACUCAGAUUGUGAUCCCAGGAUCCUGGGAUCGAGUCCUGCAUCGAGCUCCCUGCAGGGAGCCUGCUUCUCCCUCUGCCUGUGUCUCUGCCUCUCUUUCUGUGUCUCAAAUAAAUAAAUAAAUAAAUAAAUAAAUAAAAAUCUUUUUAAAAAAAGACUUCAAUAUUGAGACCUUCAAAACGAACUAAAAAAUAAGAUUGACCAUUUAAUAUUUUGGAUGUAACUUGAAUAAAAUAUGCUCUGAUUAUUUAAAUUGUGUAUUAGUUUAGGUAAGAAGCUUUGAUAAUAUUGGCAUAAUAUAGAUACUAUUCUAUGUAUAAAUAACACAGCUCUGCUGAUUCUGAGGAUUAGCCAAUAUGGAUAGAGAAGAUGGUAUUAGUUCUAAAUUCAAAAUUAGUAUGCUAGGUCAAGAGUUAGAUUCAGUUUUCUGAGAUAUUAUUUGUAACUUAAAGCUCAUUUGUUAUUUUUUAGAAACUGUUUUUGUUAUAAUGAAAAUGUGAACUUUGAGGUAUGUUAAUAUAUAAACAUUGUUUUCCCAGAAGUAUGAUUGGCCUAAAAGAUCUUUAGCAUUGGACACACUGGGUAAAGUUCAGGUUAGACGCAAUUGAGCUGGCACCUUCUGUGCGUAAGUGAAAUAUAAACAGCUUGAACUUGAGUCAGCUAAAGAAGAGAAUAACGAAUUGUAGGGAACAAGAAAAUGUGUUCAGAAUGAGUCUGGCUUGACUCUAUUGUCCAUCAGUUCCUGUAACCGAUCUUCAUUUGACAGUUCUUGGGAGGCCUUCACUUCCAGACUAAACCAGAGUAUGCUGGAACGGAGCCAUCCUAGCUUCGUCUUAAAGUGGUGCAUUUGUCUCUGUAUAUGACUCCUUCCUCUGGCAGAAGAAGCCCCAGUGUAGCUUUGGAGCUGGGCUAUGAAGGCUGGCAGUACAAUUGUCACGCAAGCCGCCUUGUGUAUCACUGAGGAAGGAACAUGGGCUGCUGUGCCACCAUUUCCUAAACAGGCUGAAGCUCUGUCCCCCAUACCUGGGGCAGCUGAUGUUUAACUUGCUUCCUGGAAAAUAUUUCUUAUCAAGCAUUUACUUGGAAAAAUUAUUAACCAUGUUCAUUAAUAUUUGCUGACAUUUGUAUUUUAAGCUGUAUAGCAAUGUUCUUAUUUGACAAUGAUUUUCUGACUAUUAGAGAUAUUUAAAUGAAACUUUAAAUAAAAGAGGCAAA